CCUAUUUUUUACUUAGCAACUUUAUAAAAUUCUAUCAAGUUUAUAUAGUAUAUUCAAUAUACAAUAUAUACAUAAUAGUAUAUUACGUGCACACUACCCAGAAUAGGUAGAUACAAUUUUAUUGAUCAGCUUUCAGUGGUUUAGUCAUUGAGCGAUUAUAGCUUUGAGUCACAAACUGUACCAUGUACUAUAUACUAUAAGUAUUAUAGAAGCCUGUGCGGCUGUGCUUACUGCUUACAGUAGACUAAUUAAUUAACAAUUACCAGAAGCCAAAUGCUUCAAAUUUCAACAGUGAAAAUUUGAUAAGCGUAUGAUAUUGAACUUGAUAAGGGUUGAGUUGAUAAGAAUAAGUAAAGAUAAGAUAGAUUGGUAGUUGAUGGUCAACACUCAACAGAUAACAAGUACCUGAUAAUAUUUAUUUACCACUGUGAAUAUUUACAAUAAUAGUAAUUAUAAUAUUUUAAUUGUUAAGUUGUUUUCAGUAUGGUGGACUUCAUUAUUGAUUGCUAAUAAUUUACUAAUAUCAUUUAAAUGUGAAGAAACCCUUAAUGUCUGUUUUAAGUGUUACAUAUUUGGUGUUCUGAAGAAAAAACGUUUAUAAAAUAUCCAAACAUUAUGGCAAAUAGAAAUAAACUGACCGCAAACGGCACGAAAAAGGAGCAGACCGAAAAUAUUCCGGAACCUCGCGAUAAUAGCCAUAGUCUCGUUUAACAGGGAAGUACCGAUUAAAAUAUUACAAACCUAAUUUUAUAAGGAUUAUCCUUUAUCGUUAAUUAUAUAAAAAGUAAUUACUAAUCAAGGGCGUAUUUGAGUCAAGAACAUGGGAGGAGGGGCGAAACAAAUUUUUCUUUUUUCGAGUAAAUAAAUAAAAAAUGAGUACCAAAUUUAAUUAUUAAAUCAAUGUAUUAUAUAGAUAAAAUACGAGUGAUCCUCGAAUACGCCCUUGUUACUAAUUAGGUUACCUACAUGGCUACAUUAUUAAUUAUUACAAUUAUCAUUAAACAUUUCCCAUGCCGAUCGUAAUAUGCAGAAUAGAUAGUAUACAACGUGUAUGUGGUAGCACAAGGGUACAUAAAUGGUGAAUAAGCAACAUAUAAAUAUUGUAUAAUAAAUAAUUAUUUGGUAACUGCUACACGUUGAAAGCAUAUGAGAUUUAGUGAAUUAUUUAACUCAUAUUAUGUACCUACAUUUUUGAUAUUUUUUUUUUAUUUGGAAUACAAAAUUUAGGAAUAGGUAACCUUUUGCAAGUAUUCAAUAAUGUUAAAAAUGUAUAUGAAAAAAAGUAUUUUAAAUUUAAAUAAAUGCAUACGAGUAAUUAAAAACAUUAAUGCAAUUUAAAAUUUUCCGCGGUACUAUUUUAUCUCUUAUUUUAUAGUAUCCUUGAUUUGAGAAAAAUUACCAACCAGCCUUGGCAAGAACGACCACAGAGUCACAUUUUGUCAUGACUCAUUAUAAUGAUAGUUAUGAUUUGAAUACGCGCACGCGCUCAUGCUGUAACAAGUGGAUAAAUAAUGAUUUGAUUUUAUUGUUUUUCUUCCUUUGGAAUAGAUAAAGUGCUGGUGCUCAAAUGUUUUAGUAGUACAACAACAUUUGAGGUUUACUGAAAACGUUUCAAUGUAAAACAAUAAAUAUAACUUAAUAUGUGCUUUAAAUAUGUUUGACUUCGGUAACGCGUGAGUCCGAGAAAAUCAUAUUUCGUGUUUUUAAUAUAGGUUACACUAUCGUUUCAGUUAAAGUAUUAAAAAUGAUAAAUAUUAAGAGUUUCUAUUGUAUGUUGAGAGUUCCUCUCAUAUUCAUUAUAGACGAACUAUUUAAAAGUAGUUUCGGCUCUCCAAAUUCAUCUGAUGAGAUCAACGAGUUUACACAAUAUUACAUAGUGUUCUUCAAAAUAAUAGUACCAUGUUUAAUAUUCUGUUCAUCAUUAUGUUUAUUGAUUCUACCAAAUAAAUACUUAUUCGUAGUAUACCUUCAUGUAGCUUCUGUUUGUAUUGUACUUUUUUCUUACUGGACAAACAUACAAACACUUUUAUUUUUAUCAACAUAUUAUAAAACCAUUAAGGCAGACAUGAUUAAUGAAAUUAUAACAUUGAGUGACUUCAUAAUAUAUUUUUUUACAAAGUCAGAACUAUACCAGUUAUUAAGUAAUUACUUAAUACAAUAUUGUCUAUCAUUAGUGUUUGAAUUUGCACAUGUCUUCACUAUAAAUCAUUCAGUUCCUGAUAUUUUCAGGUAUUGCUUUUUUAUUCCUAUUUUAUUUGCAUCAAUAUUCAAAACAGGUACAAUUUUAAAUAUGAUAACCAUAUUUUCAACAUUGGUGCAAUUGUUUACGAUGCUGAAAACAUUAUGGUUAAAUGUACCUAUAAUAAAAAAUUUAAUUCGGGAUGGAUAUGACUUUGCGCAAGAGAUUAUCACUAAUUUUGGAGUAAUUAAUUUGAUUAGAAGGGAAUGGUAUCGUCUUAGAAUGCUUAGAAUUUCAACUGUUCUACGGAUAUUUUGGGUGACUAGAGUACUCAUACAAAUUCUACACAAUCAAGCUUACAUAGAAUUACAAAAUGAAACAUUGUUUGGAGCUGUAAAGUAUUUGUUAAUCAAAGGAAGUGACACAUUUACAGCAGUUUUAGGAAUGGCAUGUUUUUUAUCAUUCUUUUGUGAAUGUAUAGAAGUAGUCUUCCUACGGGUGCUGAUGGUUGAUGAGUUUGAUGGCAUAUAUAGUGGAAUAAAUUGUGCUAUAACUUUUGUUAUAAUGGCUUGGACAAGUGGAUUAACAGGAUUAAAUCCAGAAAUCCGCUUAAAACAAAUCUAUGGAAGUAUUUAUUUAAUUCAUGUUGUUUGGCAGCAUUAUAUCCAUAAAAUGGUUCAUAAAUUAUUAAUAUCUUUAAAUGAUUCUCGUAAUUCUUCAUUUAAUAGGCAUUUAAGACCUCUUUUAGUUUGCGGAUAUCUUUUAGUGUCUGCAGUAACUAUUUUAAUUUACUUGUGGUCUUACUAUUUAUACAGUGAUUGGCUACUAGCAAUUUCUUGUUUAUAUAUUAUAACAGUUAUAAAAGUAUUGGUAACACUGACUGUCUAUUCAUUAUUGUUAAUUGAUAUUUAUAGCUCUAUACCUUUGGAAAACUUGGAUGAAUAUGUGUACCAUAUCAAUUUUCUUGGCGACAUGGUGGAAUUCCAUUUGAGCAUCUAUUUUCUUCCACAGAAUAUUUUAAUUAUGGUUCUUACACCUGGUGAUAUAGUUCAUGCAUUCAUAACUUGUUUACAAGUAUAUUCAAAAAUAUGUUUUUUAAAAAAUAAAAUGGAAGAUUUUGCUAAACGCUGUACAGCUUUGAAAAAAAUUAGAUCAUUACCACAAGCAACUAGUAGUCAAUUGUCUGAAUUUAAUGAUAUUUGUGCCAUAUGUUAUCAAAAUAUGAGAUCAGCAAGAAUAACUGCUUGCAAUCAUUAUUUCCACAGUGAAUGUCUGCGUAAAUGGUUCUAUAUAAAAGAUCUAUGCCCAAUGUGUCAAACAAGUGUUUUUUUCGAAUAAGUGUUUCAAACAACUUAGAAAUAUAAUAAACAAUCCAGGCCACAGGAUACAAUUCACUUUCAAGAUCUAAAAACUAAUAUUUAAGGAGAUAAUUUAAUUUUUUUUUAUUUAUUAUAUUUUACUAUCAACAUUUAAUUAUCUAUAUUAAUAACUAUAAUAUUUUGUAAUAAUAAAAAAAAUGUUACUUUGUA